AUGAAUAGAAUAGUAAAAUUAAAGAAUAACAUAUGGAAGAAUAAUUUUUUUAGGGAUAUAUUAUUUUCAAAUAUAAACACAAGAAGAAUACCCUUCGUAGAUGAAAAAUGUGAAAAGAAUGGGGAAAAAGUAAAAAUAAUUUUAACUAAUCCGGUUAAUACAAACAAAGAUGAAAAAUGCAAAAUGAAAGAUUAUACUUGCUCCUUAUUUUUUAAUGAUGAUUACAUCAUUAUUAGUAAUAAAAAUAUAUUUAAUAAAAAAUUGGAUUUUGAAAGAAAGGAAAAACAAAUUUUACGUUUCUGGAAUAGAAGCCCUGGUGCAAGAUAUCCUAAAAAAGCAAAUAAUGGAGCACGCCCAGACUGUCGCUCUGUUAGAAAAAUUAGGAAACGUUUCAAAACUGGGAAGUAA